AAGCUUUAAAUUGGCAUCCAUUUCUGUUCACAGUUUGACCUCCUUCUUUGACCUUGCCAGAGAGAGCGAGGAGGGAGAGAAAUUGACAGGCGAAACCCUAGCAAAAGAUGUCUGAUCAAUCAAAUAGGAAUGGUGACUGCACCUUUGACGUAAAGGAAUUAUUGGAGAUAAGGACAAGAUGCACAGAGUUAAGGAAGGAAAAAGAUAUGUUGAGAGACUCACAAACACAGAGCUUUGAACUUAUCAGAAAAGUAGAAGAGCAUGUACAAACAUUAUCUGGUGUUCACUCAGAAGACAAACAACGCAUCCAAGAGUUGGAAAGGGAGUUGGAUAACUGCUCACAAGAAAUAGAUUACCUGCAGGAUCAGCUUACGUUAAGGAACUCAGAAUUGAAUAUGCUUUGUGAGGAAGUCUGCACCCUUAAGUUGAAACUUGAAGACAUGGAAAUUUUAGAGGAAGAGACUGGAAGGUUAAAGGAGGAACUAGAGAUUUCCCAUGCUGAUCGUUUGAUUUUGCUGCAGAAAUUGGAAAACAAGGAGUUGGAGCUUCAGAGUUCAACUUUGUUAAUAGAGAAACUAGAGGAGUCAAUUUGGUCCAUGGGGUUGGAAUAUCAAUGUGAAAUUGAGAGCCUGAAACUUGAUCUCACAGCAUUGGAGCAAAAUUGUUUUGAAUCUAAAAAAUCUCAAGAGAAAACGGCUCAAGAAAAUGCUAGGAUGAAUGCGUUGUUUCAUGAUCUUGAGCUUCGGUUCCAGGAUGCGGAGAACUUUAUUGAAAAUUUAGAGAAGGAGAAUGGAAAUCUAAGGGAGCAACUGCAAAUCUAUGAAAAGAAUGCCAAAGUAUUUUGCCAAAAUGUAGAAGAGCAAUUUCCCCAACUGCUAGUUACUGGGAAUGAAGAGGCUCUAGAGAAUAAUGCUAGCUCAUGUGGAGAUAUUUUGGGUCCUCUCUUUACCAAACUCGCUAUUCUAGGGGCAUCCGAUGUCCAUUUUAAGGAUAGGACAGAUAAAAUGUCUCAUCAAAUACAGAAAUAUGAAUCUCUUGUGGAGAAGCUUAAGGAGGAGCUGAAAUUGGAAAGGUUAAAGGCAAAAGAAGAAGCAGAGGAUUUAGCUCAGGAAAUGGCCGAGCUAAGAUACCAAAUGACUGGGUUGCUUGAAGAAGAGCGCAAACGCCGUGCAUGCAUUGAACAAGUAUCUUUGCAGAGAAUAGCAAAGUUGGAGGCUCAGCUUGAAAAAGAACGGAAGAAAUCCUUUGUCAAUGAAGAACAAAGUAAAGCUAUCACCACUCUCAAUGUCACUGAAGAGUAGAACAUGCAGGAAAAAGGUGGAAUAUAUUUCAGAAGUGACCAAGCAAGCUUGUACUUGUGUUGAGAACUGACUGGGUAGGCAAGAGGCUGUUGUUUCUCACUUACAAAGAGGGACUUCCAUGAAUGGAAGGUGCACGAGUUCCUUGCUCUAGCCAUCACCGCAUCCGGGUAAAGGAGCGAGCUUGCAUUAAAGUAUAAUGGGGUUUUCAUGGUAAUUGUGAAAGCGUUUUAUGAAGUCAGUAGGUAGUAGGGGAGUCCAUAUUUGUACACUUUGUGUAGAGAGUGAAGGAAUGGUUUAGAUUUCAAUUUUAGGCAGAUAUUCAUUUCAACAGGAGGAUGUAUGGCUCACUUUAGUUUGAAUGAAAAAUAAGAUUUUCAUGUCUCAA